AUGUCAGGAGCCAUCGUGCCAUCGGCCGGCCAGGAGCAGCGCCGGCCAUGCGACGUAGCGACGUUUCAGAGGAGCAACGUGCACAUCCUGCUGUCGGAUAAGGACACGGAGUCACGUCAAAAUGUUCUCGAGCUGCUUCGCCGCUGUUCGUACCGAGUCACGGCCGUUGAGAACGCGCGACUGGCGCUGCAGCUGCUGCGGUCGUCGAGCGACUCGAUAGAUUUGAUUCUGGCGGAGGUGGAGCUGCCGAACGGCAAGGGGUACAAGAUGCUCAAGAUCAUCAUGCGCGAGGAGCGCCUCAAAAACAUUCCCAUCGUCAUGAUGUCGACGCGCGACGAGAUGGCGAUCGUCGUCAAGUGUUUGCGCCUCGGAGCCGCGGACUUUCUCGUGAAGCCGCUGCGCACCAACGAGCUCCUCAACCUCUGGACGCACAUGUGGCGCCGCCGCCGAUCCGUGGGGUUGGGGGAGGCUCCGCGGAGCAUGAUGGCGGUGAGCGCAAGCGAGGUGGCGCACGACCUGGUGUUCGUGGAUACGAGCGAGUCGAACACGGGCACCGGCAGCACGGACCUGUUUUCUGAAGAGACGGACGAUAAGCGCCGCAGCAGCGUGCAGCAACAGCACCUGCAGCAGCAGCUUCAGGAGCAGCAGGAGCAGCAGCAGCAGUUGCAUGAGCUGGAGCAGCAGCAGGAGCAGGUGCAGGCGCAGAGGCGGCAGCAGCUUGUGCGGCAGGAGCAACAGAAGGAGCAGAAGGAGCACAGGGAGCAGGAGCUGCUGCGGAAGGAAAAGAAGGAGGUUGUGAAAGUGGUGGGGGAGCAGGGGGGAGAGGGGAAAGAGAUGGGGGAGGAAGACGAGGUGGCGGAGGGGGAGGGGGAGGGGGAGGAAGUGGAGAUGAUAUUGGAGCGGCAGGAGAGAGAGCAGGCGGAGGCGGAGGAGGGUGGGCAGCAGCGAUGCGAGCUCAUGCUGCUGGAGACGCGAGACGCUCCCGGAGCGGGAGAAGCGGGAGGGGAGAAAGGGGAAGAGAGGGAAGAGAGCGACGCGGAUGAGCAGCCGUUCAAGCGGCGACACGUGGCGGCGCAGCGAGAGCGGGGCGCGGCGGGAGGAGCCUGCGGAGUGGCGCACGGUGGAGCGCAGGAGAGGAGGAGCAAGCUCGGCGCGCAGGACAGGGCGGAGCGGGAGGAGGUUGAGGGCCAGCCGCAGGUAAGCGCGCGCCCGCUUCUCCGCCGUUCACCCCGGCCCUCUAUAGGCGGGUCUUUCCCUCCGCCCUCCUCGACCUCUUCAAUUCCUUAUAUCGUCCCAACCCGCUUCUCCCUCCCCUCCCCUCCCCUUCCCCUUCUCUCCGCCAUCUCCGCUGCUCUUUUCGUCCUUCCUGCUAGACGUCACCGCUCCUCUUUUCGGCCUUGUCACUUCCCCUCAUUCUCAUCCUUCCCUUCUCUCUCUUUGUCGUUUUCGCACCCUCUCCAACAGCCAAUGCCUGCGCUCGAGCUCUCGCUCAUGCUGCCACGUGUCGCGUUGCCGUUGGACGUACAAUUUGCGUCCGAGCGUCGUCUGCCGCCCGACCGAGCCGCGCUUGAGACCUCACGCCCUUCCAUGCCCCCCGCAAUGGCCGCCACUCUCCUCGCGCUCUGCACCUCCGCGGUGGCCGCCGUCGCAUCUGCGCCUCCGCGCGACACACGCGCCGCCGCAGUUGCAGCUACAACAACCAAUGAUGUUGCACGAGCUGGCGAUGCCGGUGCCGCGAGUGCAGCAGCAACAGCAGCAGCAGCAGCCCUCUCCUUAUCUUCCGCCAUUCCCGCCACCGCGCACCCUUUCCCCCCACCGCCCCACCAAAUGAUGCUGCGCCGAGCAGCCUCCCACGAACCCACCUCCGCGCCUCUCUUUUCCUCCGCCCGCCCUCCCUCCUCCCCCACCCGCGCAUCUGCGCUCCAGCCCUCCCCGCCCCUCCACACCUCCCGCGUGCUCCCCACGCGCGCCUCCCCCCAGCCGCCUGGCUCCGCGGCUGUUGCCACUCUGCUCCCGCCCUCCAGUCCCCUUCUGCCCUUCCGCCUCGCGCCCUCGCUCCCCUCUGCGCCGUCUGCGCCCUCUCUUCACUCCCCCGCGCACCUCGCGCUCCCCACGCGCACCAUCAGUCAGCCCAUCCUCCCCUCCGCUUCCACCGCCCGCCCUCCCGAACUCCGCCUGUCCGAAAGCCCGCCCGCUCCUGCCCCCGCGCCUGCGGCCGCGACUGCUACCACUGCUGCUGCGCGCGCCGCAACCGCCGCGCGCUCUGCGCUGAGUCGUUCAGCGAGCGCGGAGCAGGCCGCGGAGAGGAGCGCGGCGCAGGGCGCGGGGGACAAGCGCGUAGAGGAUAAGCGCGCGGAACCCGCGCCCGCGACGGAGCUGCCGUUAGCCGGACGACGGGCGUCGCCCGUACGGCUGGUCCCGAAGGCGGGUGGUGCUGCUGGGUCUAAUGCUGCUUCUGCUUUGAAACGGGGAGGUUGCGAGGCGAUGGCAGGGCGGGGGA